GUUUGAAGGGAGAUUGUUUUCCUCUCUCUCUCUCUCUCUCUCUCUGUCAUGAAGGGAAUGUUUGCUUUGGUUGUGGUUGUUUUGGGACUCCUAAGCUGUUUUAGAGUGAGUGAGGGGAUUAGUAGGAGAGACUUCCCAAAUGGGUUUGUUUUUGGAACAGCUUCUUCAGCCUACCAGUACGAAGGAGCGGUAAAAGAGGAUGGAAGGGGAAGCACAGUUUGGGACGGUUUUGCCCAUUCAUUUGGAAAGGUGAUUGAUUUUAGUAAUGCUGAUGUGGCCGUUGAUCAGUACCACCGUUACACGGAAGAUAUACAGCUUAUGAAAGACAUGGGAAUGGAUGCUUAUCGAUUUUCCAUUGCUUGGUCUCGAAUUUUUCCGAAUGGCACUGGACAGAUUAACCAGGCAGGAGUGGACCACUAUAACAAUCUCAUUAAUGCCUUAAUUGCCAAAGGAAUUGAGCCGUAUGUGACCCUUUAUCAUUGGGACCUUCCUCAAGCCCUUGCGGACAAAUACAAUGGAUGGGUCAACCACCAAAUCAUAAAGGACUUUGCGAACUACGCCGAGACGUGCUUUCAGAAAUUUGGCGACCGCGUGAAACACUGGAUAACCUUCAAUGAGCCACACACAUUCGCCAUCCAAGGAUAUGAUGUCGGGCUUCAAGCUCCGGGUCGCUGCUCUAUUCUCCUUCGCCUUUUCUGUAGUGCUGGAAAUUCUGCGACGGAACCUUACUUGGUCGGCCACAAUGUUCUCCUUUCUCAUGGCACCGUCGUGGAAAUUUACCGAACAAAAUACAAGCCAAAACAGAAAGGGACGCUUGGGAUUUCGUUGGAUGUAAUGUGGUUCGAGCCAAUGACUAACACACCUGCGGACAUAGAUGCAGCACAGAGAGCUCAAGAUUUCCAAUUUGGAUGGUUUAUGGAUCCCUUGUUCUUCGGAGAUUAUCCCACCUCGAUGAGAAAUAGGGUCGGAAAUCGACUGCCGAGAUUCUCCGCAGCUGAGGCCGCUCUGAUUAAGGGUUCAUUAGAUUUCGUCGGCGUAAAUCACUAUACAACGUACUAUGCAAAGCAAAAUUCAACUGACAUAAUUGGUGUUCUACUCAACGAUACGCUUGCAGAUUCCGGCGCCGUUACCCUUCCCUUCAAAGGAACAAAUGCUAUCGGAGACAGGGCAUCUUCGAUAUGGUUGUACAUUGUGCCUCGAGGGAUUAGAAGCUUAAUGAAUUACAUCAAGAACAAAUAUGGAAAUCCACCCGUCUUCAUCACAGAAAAUGGCAUGGAUGAUUCAAACAACCCAUUUAUCUCAAUCAAGGAUGCUUUAAAGGAUGAGAAGAGGAUCAAAUACCAUAAUGACUAUCUUUCAAACUUGUCCGCUUCUAUAAGGACUGACGGUUGUGAUGUGAAAGGGUAUUUUGUGUGGUCCCUUUUAGAUAAUUGGGAGUGGGCCGCUGGAUACACUUCUAGAUUUGGACUCUAUUUCGUGGACUACAAAGACAAGCUUAAGAGAUACCCAAAGGAUUCUGUUCAAUGGUUUAAAACUCUCCUCAAUUCUACUGCUUGAACUUGUAAGACAUUGAUGUAAGCACGAAAAACCAUGCCUGUUUCAUUCCUUUUAUCAAAGGUCAUUAUUGUUCAUCCAUGUGUACAUCAAGUACACGUGCACACAUGUUACCAAUAAAAGGGUCCCUUGUAUUAAUUCUGAUUAAAGAAAUCAUGGGUGCUUGAGAUUCAUGCAGCCUUUGGCCUUGAGCUCAAAAUGUAGCCUGAUAUAAGACUUAGGUGGGUGAUGUAGAGUGGGUUACGAACACUUUCAUGGCCAAGAUGGACUAAAGAAGGCCCGAUCGGAGGUGGAAGUGAUCAGGACCGUCAAAACCUUGAAACAAUCAUAUCUCGUAAACUAGACUGAGUUUUUUUACAUAUCAUA